AUGAUUAAACUAGGCUCGCUCUCUGCCGCCUUGCUCUGCGCUCUCGCGUCCUUGAGCAAUGUCGCAGCUCUUCCGACCGCAGAUAACGCUGUCGAAGUCAUCCCAGGACCCGGACUUCCCAGUUUGGCCUCGCUUGGCCUAACGUCCGCCGACCUCUUCAAAAAGGUUCCCAAGAUAAUUGCGGCGCGAGACGACGCCGUGCAGCUCUCGAAGCGCUUCACCGAUUUCUGUCAAACCUCAGACCUCGUCAAUCGGGACAACGCCAUAGCGUGCUACAACUACCUGAACGCCCUCGGAACCACGGCUUGCGGUGUUGAUACCAACAUUGACUUUUGCGUCGCUGGAGAUGCACAUAUCGGGGGGUCCAGCAUAGUUGGCAGACACGUGUCCUCGUACUGCCGUGACGUAGCGACUGGCGCGUUGUGGAUCAUUAACAACUGUAACAUCAACAAUAGGGUUGAGGGCAAGUCCACAACUCUGCUGCUAUUGUCUCUACAGCUAACAUGA